UUUACCUAUAAGUUAGUCAAACUAAACAAAACAAUUUUGCUGGAAUACUUUUUCCGUAAAAAGUACAAAGAAAGACGAUAUGAACGUCAUUUCGUAUAAUGAUGUUUAUUUAUUUUUCUUCUUUUCUGUUUUAUUUGUCAGUUUUCAAACAACGUUAUCUGUUGUUUUUAAAAAGUUUCGUCGAGAUUUGGAACUUGAUGGCUUCCGAUGUGUAGCAGACGACAUCAUUUUUCAAGCAGAAAAUAUUUCAACACCCGUUGAAUGUUCUAAGAUUUGCUACAAGAAUAAAAUGUGUCGUGCAUUCUUUUAUCAACCGGAUUUAUUCACAUGUAUCGGCUGUGGUGGGACCUGCAAUGGCGUUGAUGUCCUAAAUGGCUCGACGUGCUUUGUACAGGAUGAUAUGGCAUGUCCUCGAAGCUGGAAACAGCACAGACUCUGCUGUUAUUUCUUCAGUUCUGAUAAAAAAUCAUGGACAAAUGCUCUGGAGGCAUGUAGAGAAAAGGGUGGAUAUCUUGUCGAGGUUAACGACGUCAAAGAACACAACUUCUUGAUAUCAACGGCCCCGUAUCUGUUUUUGGAUGGAGCCGAAACAGGGUAUUGGAUCGGUCUGACAAACAAGGAAAGAAAUGGCACAUUUGUCUGGAUAUCAUCUGGACAGAUUCCUUCUUUUACCAUGUGGCGUCCUAGCGAGCCAUCCCAUUUUGACGAAGAUUGUGCGUAUGUCUCCGAUUAUAAAGGAGUAUGGAACGAUGUAUGGUGUGAAGAAGAACUGCACUACAUCUGCGAACGUAGACAAGUUGACGUGUAGUUUUGCAGGGAACGACAGAAGAAGAAUAAAGGAUUUAUCAGUAAAAUCAAAAUAGAAACUGCACUUGGACCGUUAUAUUCAGUUCUGCUUACUGUUUUACUAUAUGUAGCUUAAGUUAAAUUUUAUUGUUAAUUUUAUUACAAAACAAACAGACAUAAGACAAUGCUGUGAACUUCUGUUAUUAACCCUUUGUUUAUCAAGUCUUUGGUUAUUACACAAUCUGUUGCUACUGACUGGAGUGUCUUGCAAAAUGUAAAAGGCAAAUGAUUACAUGUAUAUAAAUUCCGUUGAAAAAAAAUAGACUUGCAUUUCGAUUCUUCUUAGAGAGGUUGGGGUUCCUUGCAUGAUUUAAUUGCAUCUGUAGAACACGGAACAAGAUGGCCACUUGCAUGAUUUAACAGCAUCUGUAGAACACGGAACAAGUGUUUAUUUUAGCUAGUACAAACAUUUUGCGAAGGAUAGCUUCUUGAAGAUAUGCAAAACCAUUCAAUAGCUAGGUUUACUAAUUACAGAUAGUAAUUGGUCGGAAUAUAAAAACGGAAAGUUCGGUAAUUUUUUCAUUAUUUUUUGUCUUCAGUUGUUGGAAAGUUAAUGAUUAAUGUAUCAUUUUCACUGCUAAAAUAACUCUGUACACAAAAAAGGUCUAUUUAGAUAAUUUACUUGAACACUAGCCUAUCCUCAAGAACAAAGAUGUACUUAACACAUUGUUGUGUGUGUUUUUGUAGUUUGUUUUUUUUUAGUUUUUUUUUUUUAUUAUUGUUUUUUGUUUGUUUGCUUGCUUUGUUUUCAAUACAUUAUAGAGCACAGUAAAUUAAUUCAUAUAUGGCACAGUAUAUUAACUUUAGGGUGCGGUGAGUAAGCUCAUAUAUAGCGCAGAGUAUAAGCUCAUAUAUAGC